GUCAUCAGAGAGGAGGUUUGCACCGACUCCUGCUCUCCUUCUUCUCUCCUCCUCCUGCUGCUGAUCCGCCAGGAUAAAAUCAGCAGCAGCGUCAGCAGCAGCAUCAGCAGCAGCAGGAGAUCAGCAGCGUCCUCCUCCUGCUGGACCUGGAGCUCCGCACCGUGAACUCUCCCGAGUCUGCAGCCGCAGACAGAGCACAGGAGCCCGGUCACACCAGAGGAGGAGGAGAAGGAGGAGGAGGAGGAGGGGUAGUCAUGCUGGGCAGCAGGAAGAAAGCGGCUCCUGCGAUGAAGAACGGAGGAGCCGGGACGUCCCAGUUAAAGGCCAUCGAUCCUCUGAGGAACCUCGAAGUUCAGGAGGAUGAAGACGUGAAGAGGAUGUUGCAGGGCUCCAGUAUGGUCAAGGUUCGCUCACCUCGCUGGCAGAAGAGACGGACGCUGAGGCUGCUGGAGGACGGCGUCACCGUCUGGUGUCAGUCCCACAAGACGUCCAGUCGAGCCAAAGAGCAGCAGUCGUUCUCUAUCAUGGAGGUGGAGUGCGUCCGCGAGGGUUUCCACUCGGAGAUGAUGCAGCAAUUGAACGGUUCGGUUCCCGAGGGCCGGGGUCUGACGGUGGUCUUCAAAGGGUCUCGGAAAAGCCUGGAUCUGCUCUGCCAGAGCCAGGAGGAGGCGCAGCAGUGGGCCCGCGGCAUCAGGACGCUGCAAGGGAGAGUGGAGAACAUGACCCAGAAGGAGAAACUCGACCACUGGAUCCAUGCUUACCUGAGUCGGGCUGAUCAGAACCACGAUGACAAGAUGAGCUACGACGAAGUCCAGACACUGCUGCAGAUGAUCAACAUUGAUCUGAGCGAUCAAUACGCCCGCAGCCUCUUCCAGAAAUGUGAUCGGUCCGCAGACGGCCGACUGGACCACGGAGAGAUUGAGGUUUUCUGCCGGGAGCUGCUACGGCGACCAGAGCUGGAUGCCGUGUUUAUACGCUACUCUGCAAAUGGCUGCGUGCUUUCCACCGUGGACCUGAGGGACUUCCUGAAGGACCAGGGGGAGGACGCUUCACUCAUCCACGCCCAAAGCCUCAUACUCUCAUACGAACUUAACGAGUGGGCCCAGAAGAACCAGUUCAUGACGCCCAAUGGCUUCACCAUGUACAUGCUGUCCAAGGAGAACUGGGUCUUUAACCCGGAACAUUCUCGUGUUUACCAGGAUAUGAAGCAUCCACUGUCGCACUACUUCAUCUCCUCGUCCCACAACACUUACCUCACGAAGGACCAGCUCACGGGGGAAAGUAGCACCGAGCCAUACAUCCGGGCUCUGAGUCACGGAUGUCGCUGUGUAGAGCUGGACUGCUGGGACGGAGAUAAAGGAGAACCCGUCAUCUACCAUGGACACACACUCACCUCCAAAGUACCGUUCAUCCAGGUCAUUAAGACGAUCAAUGAGUACGCUUUUAAAGCGUCUCCAUUCCCUCUGAUCCUGUCCCUGGAGAACCACUGCUCUAUAGAGCAGCAGGUGGUGAUGGCCCAACACUUGCGAUCCAUCCUGGGUGACAAGCUUCUCACCAAACCGCUGAGAGAUCGGGAUUCUCAGAGCCUGCCCUGUCCAGAGGAUCUCAAAGGAAAAAUCCUUGUGAAGGGGAAGAAGGAGCUCACAGUGGGGGAUGGCUCAUCCAGCACUUCUGACUUCAGCUCCUCAGAUGAGGAAGCCAGCAGGAGUGAAGGCAAGGCCUGCGCAAAGAGAAUGGACAAGAAGACUAGUGGGUCUAAGCUGAGUCCAGAGUUGUCAGACCUGGUGGUCUACACCCGCAGUGUUCAUUUUAAAAGCUUUGAACAAGCUGCCAAGAGCCCAGCUACUGAAAUGUCGUCCUUCUCUGAAAGUGAAGCUCUCAGGCACAUCAAGGACUCAGGGAUGUAUUUUGUGCGUCACAACAGUCACCAGCUCAGCAGGAUCUACCCCUCAGGACAGCGCCUCCAGUCGUCCAACUUCAACCCUCAGGAGAUGUGGAAUUCAGGGUGUCAGAUUGUUGCUUUGAACUUCCAGACUCCAGGUGAGCAGAUGGACCUGAACCAAGGAAGGUUCCUGCAGAAUGGUCAAUGCGGGUACAUCCUCAAACCCCCCUUCCUGUGCCAGCCUGAUACCACUUUCAACCCGGAGAAUGUUGGCGGAGGUCCCGGCCAUAGUCCCUUACUCCUCUCUGUUCGGGUUAUUUCAGCUCAGCAGCUGCCUAAACCAGAAUGGGACAAGCCCAGCUCCAUUGUGGACCCGCAGGUGUGGGUGGAGAUCCAUGGUGCUCCGAUAGACAACAACAAAAAGAAGACUAACCACGUUGACAACAACGGCUUUAAUCCACGAUGGGACUGUACCUUUAACUUCACCAUCCACGUCCCUGACUUGGCUCUGGUUCGCUUCUUGGUUGAAGACCAUGACUACACCUCCAGCAAUGACUUCUUGGGACAAUUCACCCUCCCAUUAACCAGUGUCCGCACAGGUUAUCGUCACGUCCGACUGCUCAAGUUGGACGGUUCUAACCUCUCACCUGCUUCACUCUUCGUCCACAUCGCCAUUGGGCCGUGUCAGAGCAGUCCCUGCAAGUCGACAGCAAAAUCCCCGGCCAGGUCUAGAGCCAAGCAGCUGUAGUCGCCUCCCUCUACCCAGGCAACAAGAGGACACCAUGGAAACCAGGCAAUUUAAGACCCAGACCCAAACCCAGACUCAGGCCCAAAGGACUUUCUGUAAAACUCAGAGGUUGUAAACUUGUCUCUUUAAUGCUGUAACACCAUCAGGAACCUGUCCAAACCUUUUGGGACAGGAGGAUGGCACAGCAGAGAUUCUGGCCAGUGUUCAGACGGAUGUGCAGCUCAUUUCCAGGCCUUGGUCUCCAGACCUUGGUGGUGAGUAAUCGAGAUAUAACCAUGGAGGGAAAUUCUUCAUUAGACAAAAUCUGACAAUCACUUGAAACUAGGGAUGUCCCCAUCCCCGAGUUAUCGGAUCAGAGCCGGCCUUUACUUUUCACCCCGAUCGUUUACACUCCUCUGCGGGUUCUUCAUGUAGCUCAGCUGUGACCGUAGCAGAACUUUAUUUGGUUCAGACUCAAAGUUGUGGACUAUCGUUGAGCAGUUGCACGUUGCUCUAACCCGAGUUUACAACCAUGUCACACAUCAGUGUUGGUGCAGAAUAUCAACUUAUUUGUGCCCUGGUAUCCACCCACCUUUUCAGCUAACAUCUUGAGAAGCAAUAUUUUCACCUUCUUAGUCACAGUUUAACGACAGGGUGUAAACAACCACGGUCAGUAUGUUUACACGAAACGAAAACAAAUUAUUGCACUAGUUUGGCAAAAACGGACGAUAAAGGUUCUUUUGGGGCUACUGCUGAAUCGUAGAACUCGGUGUAACCAAUGGCCGAUAAUUUGACCCACAUAUUUAGUCGUUAAAUUACAUUUCAUUUAGCAGACGCUUUUAUCCAAAGCGACUUACAAUGGAAUUGAGUACAAUCAGCCAGGGGUGGAGUUGAACUUGCGACCAUGAUGUCUUUCGCACACAGGGUACCGGUCUUAACCACUGAGCCACUCCAACCCCCAACUGAUAAAAUACUAAGACACAAAAAUGUCAUUAAACUUUGACCAGGAAAUAACAGAAGAAGAAAAAGAGCAAGAAGAACUUGGAUGAAUUCCAGACCGGUACAUUUUUCCUGAAAAGGUUCCAGAAGUUCUUUGAUGGUGCUCAACAUGCUAACACCUAGCUACCAGCUAAACUGCCCAGUAUUACCAGCCUGAAAGGAGACACAUAGUCCCCACUUAUGCUUGUUUACCGGGAGAAGGAUAUUCGUUCAACGAAACAGCGAAGUGGAGCUACGAGUGCCGGUUUAGCCCCGCCCUUUUUCUCUGCACCGAGUCUGUUCUUACGCUCUAAACUUCAGUCCGGAGUAUUAUUUAUUUUAAUCUCUGUUAUCUUUCAGAGUAAAUAUCAGUAUCAGGACUCGUGAGGGGCCAAAAACAAGCAGAAAGAAUUUCUUUUUCUUUUUUUAUUUAUUUAUUUAUAUAUUUAUAUGGGUUUACUUUCAGAGCAAGACUGAAUAAUUUAAUGUCAACUCAAUAAUCCAGACUGCAGGUGUCCAUUUAUAACGUCCACAACCAAAGUCUGUUUUUUUCUAUAAAAAAACGGAAGAAGUUUAAUCACAUUAGUGGAAUUGCAUUUUCUUGGCGACGAGUGAACGUCUGUCAACGACGCCAAUUUUUACUGUCUGAAAAUUCUGUGCCAAUGCUGACUCAAUUUUAAUAAAUGAAGAGUAUACGUAUAUAUAUAUAUACAUAUAUAUAUACACACAUAUGCUAACGAUGCUCUGACAGAAGCUGCAGCCAAAUCAGUUUGGACGCAUUUGUCCGAGAAAGCUUGCGUCUUCCCCUUUAAUCAGAGUUUACACUCGUGUACUUAAGAUCACGUCUAACAAAAAAGUGAUUUUAUCUUGAUUAAAACGUGAUUUAAACUAAUUUUAAAACAACAAAACUUGUUUUAGAAGAUUUUACAUCAAAAAACAAAAACAAUAACUAGCUCUUACGCGCUGCUUAUCAUAUAAAUAAUUGUAUGCUAAUACUUUUAUAAUGUAGCCUUUUGUGUUUCAAGUAAACAUUUAUAAUAAUUAAUCACAUAGCAUUUUUUUAAUAUACUAUAGAAUUUUUGCUUCGCUGUUAGCUCGCUAGCCGAGACGUUCCAUUUGUAGUCAGAACUUGGAAAUUUCCGAGGUCAUACGUGGGAACGCCCCCCACCAAUAGACUCAGAUAUCCAACUCAGAGCAACCUUAGGUGCCGUCCCUCCCAAUUUCUGACCAGUAAAACACGAAUGUGAUUCGUAGCAGAAUUUUGUUUUUAAUUAGUUAGAAAUUUGCUUCACUGUUUUUUACGUUGUGUUUAGAUAAUGUGUCAAAACUGACUGAUUGUGUUUGUGCCAGUUUGUUACUGUCCCCGCUGCCCAAAAGACAGUGGUUCCCAAACACUGGCGUGGGACCCACAAAUGGGUCGUGGGAGAUUUUGAAGAUUUAUGUGUAUACGUUUGAAAAAAUGUGAUGAUUAAUUUAUCAUAUAUAUGCAUACAUUUCACUCAGUCAAGUUUCCACAAUAAAUGAUCAUGUUUAAUGGUUUUAUACAGAUUUUAUUUGAGAGAGUAAUUUUAUAAUUUUUUUUGGUUCACAAUUAGUUUUUUUUUUAACAUUUGACAUGAAGGACUGUGAAUAUUUUUCAAUCGUAUGACUUGAGUCAGCACCGGGAGCUGGGAGAUCAAACACCAUGGGCGACGUGUGUGUGUGUCCCAUGUGAUCUGCACACAAGUGGACUGACGUUAGAAUUGGUCACUAGUGACCUCUUGUGGUCAGUGUUUCAGUUGGACACCAUGGGAAAUACACGAGAAACAACAACAUGCUACCAAGAAGCCUCUGCCAAUAUUUAACGUGGUGAUUUUGCACUUACAUGUAAGAAGUGUUUCAGACCAAAUAUGUUUUUCUUUGGAAAUGUAGCAAUGAUAUCAGAAUAUUAUAAUAUAUCAGAUAUUUUUUGUAACUGUUUGUGCCGCAUUAGCUGCACGCUAAAUUUAAUCUGACGUCACUUAUGUAUCCAGGUAAUAAACAUAUAAACACACACGUUACCAAGUAGAAAUGUACACAGUGACCUUUGUUAAGUUAUUAAACUAAACCAGAACAAACUGAAGAACCUCAUAAUGUCAUUGUUAUUAUGAUGGCAUGUACUAUUUAAGAGUGAAAAACUAUAAUAAAAGUAGAAUUUCUGCCUUUUUAUUUUCUCUUUUCUGUUCAUUUUUAUUUGUAAUAUGCAAGUUUAAGGUUUUUUUUUUACUCAUUCAGUUUUUAAAUGACUGAAUUCGCAUUUUGAUGAAUAAACAAACGCAUCAUCGGUGUAGAGCUUUACAUUUAGUGAUUCUAUGUGUACAAAAUCUGCUUAGAAAAUAGAUACAAUAGAUGAAUCAACAUAUAUGAAACUUAAUAAAGAUGAAAAAUGA